AUGACCUCGUCGCUUCUUCGGAGCUCGUUCCCCUUUGGACUAGAGUCUGAUAGCGUGAGGAGAAUGUUCACGCUGCUAUUUUGCGUUAGUGUCUUGUACACACUUUGGAGGAUCUCGUAUAACGUGCUCCUCCAUCCUCUACGCAUGUUCCCUGGGCCGAGGCUUUGGGCAGCAUCGCGCAUACCCUUUGCAGUUACUUGUGCGACGGGUCAGGGGCACCGGAAGAUCUUGCAACUGCACGAAAAGUACGGCGAUGUCGUAAGAGUCGCUCCGGAUGAGCUGGUCUUCUGCUCACCGGACGCUUGGAAAGAGAUUUAUGGGCGCCGGAAAACCGCAAGAGGCGAGAUCAGCAAAGAUUACGUGCAUUAUGCGGAGGCCAAGGACAGCAUCCUCGGCGCACCAAAGGAUAGACAUACUCAAUUACGGCGAAUCCUGAGCCGCGGCUUCACUAACUCAGCGGUGCUCGACCAAGAAGGUCUGAUCAAGUCUCAUGUCGAUCAAUUGUUCAACAUUCUGGCUGAGCAUGAACAAUCACAAGGGCCCCUAACGCCAAUCGACAUGAACAAGUUGUUCGACUUCGUGGCUUUGGAUAUCAUCACGGAUUUGGGCUUUGGCGAUUCUUUCCAUUGUCUUCAUACACGAGAAUACCACCCUUGGGCUCAAUUCUUUUUGGACGCACUGCCCGCGAUUGCUCUUGCUACCGCUUUGAAGCAGUUUCAACUCAUCUUCAGCGUUCUCAUGGCAAUGGCCCCCAAGUCUCUUCUUCAAAAACAUGAGAACAUGGUGCGGCUCACAAACGACAUUGUUGAAAGGCGGCUCGAUGAGGCUGAUCGACCUGAUCUUAUACAAGCCAUGAAGGAGCCUACGUUUGGGCUUGAAGCUAAACAAUCUUUGAGCUUGCAGGAUAUCCAAGCGAAUGCCCAGAUCUUGACAAUGGCGGGGUAUGACACAACUGCCACGGCUCUAGCAGGCACCACGUACCUUCUGGCAGCAAACGCUGAUGUCAUGGCGAGACUGACUCAAGAAGUACGGAGGUCUUUCAAAGAAGAAAAGGAGAUUACUAUCUCAAGUACCAAAAGCCUUGAGUACCUCAGAGCCGUCAUUGAUGAAUCCCUGAGAAUGUAUCCGCCGGGUGCCUCAGGGAUGCCGCGUCGCAUAGGAGAGGAGGGAGACGUCAUUCUAGGUCACCACAUCCCCACAGGAACUAUUGUGUCGAUAUGGCAGUACGCCAUGUACCACCACGCGAAGACUUUCUCUGAGCCCGAGUCGUUCAUCCCUGAGCGAUGGUCAAAUGACAGGAUCGAUCUCAGCGACAAAAGAGCAGCGUUUCAGCCCUUCUCAUUUGGGCCUCGUGACUGCAUCGGGAGACAUCUCGCCUAUGCCGAGCUCUGCAUCAUCAUUGCUAGAUUGGUUUGGAGAUUCGAUCUGGAACUUGAUGACGUGCCUGGUCACAAUUGGCUAGGGCGGCAGAAGAAUUACCUCCUGUGGGAUCGAGGUCCACUCAACAUUCGACUCAGACAAAGAGCAUAA